AUGAAAGCUUGGGUACCGGUAAAAGAGGUGAAAACAAUGGAGAGUGAAAAAGAAGAAGAAGAAAAACGCUGUUUGGAGGAGCAACAACAAGAGGAGAAGAACAAGAAGAUUCUCUCUUCUCUUCCUCCAAACUAUGUCACUCUCGCUCAGCUUCGUGAAAAUUGGAUGAAGAAGAAACAAAAUGAAAUCAAUCAACAGAAACAACGAGAGGAUUUAGAAGAAAAGAAUGAAGAUCAUCAACCGCUAGAGGAACGACACGUGGCGGUUACGACUCCACAGUAUGGAACCGUUUCUAGGUUUUAUGCUGAUAAUCGAAAUCGCGAGGACUCGACGAAUAACCGGCAUGCAAUCGGUGUCGAUUCUGAAAACGGCCGGAAGUCGGUUGCCGUUGAUGCAAUCGGAGUUUAUUCUGUAGACAGCCGGAAAUCGGUUGCCGGAGAUGCAAUCGGUGUUUAUUCUGAACACGGCCAAAAAUCGGCUACCGGAAAUGAAGAUCUGGACGGCAAAGUGAAGGAAUCGAAGCCGAUGAAGAAGAAGAAGAAGCAGGAAUGGAAAAAGGAAAAGGCGAGGAAGUCUAAGGUGGAGGAGAACGGAGCGGUUGAAGAAGGAAGUGGUGUAGAGGAAAAUGGAAAUGGUGAGAAAAUUGUAACGCAAAUCGAAUCGAAAGACGUGACGAAUUGGAACGCGAAAACAGUGGAUGAAGUUGAAGAAAAAAUUAGGGUUUUAUCUGUGAAAUCUGGGAAUGGGAAACAGAAUUGGAAGAUCAAAAAACUGAACGGUGGUGGUUUUCGUCAAUCUCAAUCUAUGAGGAAUGGUCGCAAUGCUGGUGGUUAUCAUGGUCAUGGUCAUGGUCAUGGUCAUGGACAUGGACAUGGGGAUUUGAAGGAUAAACGAAGUUCCAAGGCUGAGAUGAUUUGGGUGAAGAAGGAUAAGAGUGUUGGGGAAAUUGAGACCUAA